AUGAACCGUUUCCCCGGGGCCUCUGAGCCGCCCGUGUCGCCCCACGACAGGAAUGGACGAAAACCUCCAGCCAAUGCUGCAUUGCCGCCCAAACAACGGUCAGAAAUCGAUUAUUUUGCCAAUGGCCACUUUUCCCGGUCGUUCAACUCGUUGAUAUUAGACGACGUGGAUGAUACCAAGCUGGACAAAGACAAAUUGGACAAACAUGACAAAUAUGACAAGAAUGACAAGAAUGACAAGGUAGACAAGAAUGAUAAAGGAGACAAACAUGACAAACAUGACAAACACGACAAACAUGAAAAACAUGACAAGCAUCAAAAUAUCAACAGAAUCUCUAAACCAAAGCACCAGAGCAUCAAUAAGAGUCCUCCGUUCAAUGUCAAACAUGACAUGACUCUGGACACUAUUGUUGACGCAAUUGAUGACUCAGUCGAAGUGGACUUUGACAUCUCCGAAUACUUGGGAACCGAUGGACUUGGCAUUAUCACCGACAGUGACAGAGACUUCGAGAAUAUCGAUGACAGUUAUGGAGAUGACGGAGAUGAUGCUCACUCCAACACCAACUCCAACGACGAAACUAAUGCCACGCGUUUCAGCCACCUGACAAUUACCCCAUUCUGCCCAGGCACUGGCAAAAAACCUGAGUUGAAGCGUUCGUCAAAGUUCUUCAACCUUUCAAUUGACUCCAACUUCGACCCGGAUGCUAGUCCGCUCAAUCUGAAGAUGACCUCACCUUUGGUGGAGAACUCCACUCCUUACAACAAGUUCAAGCGUCCGCACAAGCUUGUAAGUCAGUCGCCAUCGCCCAGCUCCAAUUCUCGCUUCAAACCGGCUUCCGGCGCUAACACGCCGUUGCGAUUUGACCCCAAGAAAAUGUUCAAGAACGUUAGUGCCUAUCGCGUGAAGUCGCCAAUGAAAUUGGCCACUCUGUCGUCGGCUUCCUCGCCAGCAUCACACUUUAAGAAGUUCUUCAAAAGUCCGAACCCAAAAUUUAAGGAGUCCUCCUCUCCGUUGAGUGGUUAUAACUUCGAUCCGUACAACUCGGCUGAUUGUGACGAUUCUCCGCUGCGGCACAAAAAGCUGUCAGUGUCUUCCAGCUCGAACUUCUCCAUCUACAAGGAAGAUGAGAAUGAUGCCACCAACACCAAAAAACCCAGAGCUAGCUCUACGUUUGUACCCAAGAGGCCUUCCAAGCACGACGAAAACAAAGAGAAUAUCUUACAGGGUGGGUCCAAGAUAAACUCGAUCCCAAAGAGCUCCUACAAAUUUGUAAGACCUCUUCAGACCGCAUUCGAGUCUUCCGGUUUGCAGAAGAAAAGUUCCAUUAGUCUAGCUUCCAAUAAGCCACCUCCAGAGACGCCGAUGAAGAGAAAUCCUUUGCUAUUUCUCAACAAGGACAAGAAUAAACCUGUGGAAUUCGAAGAAUCAUUUUUGAGUACUGACAACUCUAUCGAGGUGGGGAGGAAUGCAAGCUACACACAUUCUAACGAGUCGAAUUCAUCGUUUUUCAAGAUCCCUUCUUCAUCGAAAAUUCAGAAUCCAAUUGAAUUGGACUUGGAUUCUCACUCAGAUAUUGAUUUUGAUGAAAUGAUACCAGAAACUCCAACUAAACUGUCGAGCAGAGGAAAGCAAUUGAAUCUUCUUUUACACAAGGAACCACAACCACAUCUUCCACAGGUCUCGAAAGAGAUCAAUGAAAACGAACCGUGUACUCCUAUUCUGAAUAUGCCUCCAACUUCGAUUGCAUCAUCUCAGGUUACAAUUAUUCUUCCAAGUGCCGCAAGAGAAAAUUCGAACAACGAUCAGACUCUAACUCUCAGUCGUCAUCGCGAAGACAAUGAUCCGUCGUAUUCCAAAUUCUCUGUACCAGAAAAGGAAAGGAUAGAUGAGCACUUGGCAGAGAAAUUUGGAGCUCAGAAUAUCCAGUAUAUUGGAUGUGGUCAAUUCUCAGUGGCAUAUGAAUGUGCAUUCGAAAAUGAGAAGUUUGCCAUUAAAAGAACGAGAAAGCCAAUCAUAGGCAAUGUGGAGAAGAAAUCGAUCCUUCGUGAAAUCGAGGCUUUGCGAGUCUUGACUUCGAUUGGCGAUGAUGAAGAAGUGGAGGAAGGCAAAGAGAAUCUCGUAUUUUUCGUCGAAGCCUGGAGCUUCAACAAUCAUUACUACAUUAUGACAGAAUAUUGUGAAGGCGGAACCUUAUAUGCUUUCUUAGAAGAGCAUAAGAACUAUAAAAUCGAUGAAUUUAGAGUUUGGAAGAUUCUUAUUGAGAUUCUUUGUGGCCUCAAAUUCAUUCACCUGAAAAACUACUUGCAUCUUGAUUUGAAGCCCGCAAACAUUUUCAUUACAUUUGAAGGAUGUUUGAAGAUUGGUGAUUUUGGAUUGUCCACAAAGCUUCCAAUUCUUGAAAAAGAUUUCGACAUUGAAGGAGAUAGAAAUUAUAUUGCUCCCGAAUUGAUCAACGACAAAAUUUAUACCCCAUUUGCAGAUAUCUUCAGUGUUGGGUUGAUUAUCUUGGAGAUUGCAACCAAUAUCGUUUUACCUGGCAAUGGUACGCCAUGGAGAAAAUUGAGAAGUGGAGACUUGAGUGACGCUGGUAAGUUGUCAAGCGACAACAUCAGUGAUUUCUUGAAUCACAACAAUUUCUCGUCUCUCACAUCUUACAACUCGUCAUUGAGCUCAAUUAACAUGCAGCCGCUCAGUCUGCAUCACUUGAGUUCUGUGGGACUUCAUAACUCCUCAUCCAACCCACUUCAGCCUCCAGCAUAUUCAAAGCCAGGAAGCUUUUCCGUCACUGGUCAAGGCAAUUCGCGGUUCAUCAACAACAUCAGAGAACUUAUACCAAGAGGCGCACCAGACUUUUUGGUUGCCAAUUCGCACAACCUCGAUAAAUUGGUGACCCGAAUGAUGAAGCCCAAUCCGUUUGAGCGACCAACUGCUAGCCAGAUAUUGGAGAUGCAUGAAUGUAUCGAGAUCGAAAAUAGACGCAGGGCGGGGGCCACCAUUUUCGAGGGAGAGUUUGGCCCCAAUGACGACGAAUAA